CAGGGACCCUUCAUAUUACGCUUUAGUCCUUUUGCAAGGCCUACCCUAGCCCUCUGGCGACGCCUUGGCCGGCAAUGGGUUGAAUGACACAGCCGUGGGGCGUCGGCUAGCCUUGUCCACGAGCACUUUUGUGGGCAGUACCUCGCUCGCUUUGAGACGGCUACUAGAAGGUUCAGUUUCCAGAGGGAAAACAGGCAGGGUCCAUGCUGCUGGCACCCGGUCGCCGUAGCUUCAAGCUUGGGGGACAUGGAGGCCGGCGGUGGACCUGGAGAGUUAAAAUGAUAACAGUAAAGGCAAACAUGGCAUGGGGCCGUGCCGAAUCAGCUCAAUCUACAUAAAUCCGCCCAGAUUCUCUCAACUGCAUAUCAUUAUUGCCAUUGCCUGGACGUUCCUCGAAAUGAGAAGACGCCAGCCACUGAGCAUAAGAAUUUAUUUCCUCCAUCAAAGGCAAACCCCCAAGCAUGACAGCCGUACCGGUCAUCGUGGAGCCUACUGCACCCAACACAUUACCAACGGCACGGCCGCAGUCGAGACCAGGUCUGCAGACGAGAUACUCGCACCUCUUGUACCUCUCUGAAGCAGAACGACAUGCCUACCAAGCCAGCAUGGAGCGCAGUUCUCCAAUCCAUUCUCUGCGGUCCGUCCGAUCCGAAGGUUCUUCGCUUUCUGCCUCCUCCAAGUCAUCCGCAACGACCACUGCCACGUCCAUUCUGUGCAUGGGCUUCCAGACCGUGUCUCGCUUCGUUGAUGACCACUACCCGCUCAUAACCACAAUCCACCCAGAGACAGUACCGGCGUCAGUGCCGAAAAACCACAGUGCUCUUUGGUGCGCUCGGCAAAUGGCGCAGAUGCACAAUACCAUCAUUCGAGCCUUGAACGCUUCUUGGAACCAUGCCGUGUAUGUCCAGCCUAAUACACAAGAAGCCAGCGAUUUUCUCCUCUUCAACCGACAGCUCUGCAAAACUCUUGACCAACAUCAUCGAGUCGAGGACCAUUAUCUAUUCCCGCAGAUCCACAAACUGCAAGGCCGACCUGGAGCCGUGGAGGAAAACUCAAAAGGCCAUGAAUCCUUUACCGAGGGUCUGGCCAUUUUCCAGAAUUACCUCGCCAUAACCAAGCCGUCCGAAUAUCGUGGCCCUACCUUUCGCCACAUUCUCGAGUCGUUCGCUCCGGAUCUCAUCCAGCACUUGCAUGACGAGAUCGCUACCAUAGUCAGUCUGUAUGUGCUCGAUUCUCGUGCCCUUAUGAAGAUCUGGAAACGUGCCGAGCGUCUAGCUACCAAGGACCUAGACCUAUAUGAUGAUGCGCCCUGGUUCCUGGGCUGCCAGGACAGGACUUUUACCAUCGAUGGCGUCAAGGGGGACUUUCCGGGAGGUCCCUGGAUCAUCGAGGCCCUUGUUCGAAAAUGGCAUUUCAGAAAACAUGCCGGCGCUUGGAAGUUCUGUCCUAGCGACCUCUCCGGGCGAAGGCGACAACUGGCCGUCGCUUGAAGACGUGUUGCAAUGAUGUCAUGAGAUUUAUGAGCCUCUGAUGUUGGUAUUGAUUAUAGCGUUUUAGCAAUAUCUUUCUUUUGUGAGCGAGGCAAGCGGUCGCAUUGGGGUUAUUCGGUUCUCGUCCGGUAUGUAUUAUCAAUUCCGAGUCUAGAUUUAUCAUCUCAAGGUGCGAUUUCCUUCUUCUUGAGCAGUUCGGGAAAAAGCCCGAGCAACUCCCUGAGAUGGCUGAUUUGAUAUUUGCACGCUUUCACUGGAGGAUCGGGGACUCCCGGUUCGACCAGGUGCACCGUGUUAGCCCAUCCUCGAGCAUACGCCGCUUGACAGUUCGAGUAAGCAUCG